AUGCUUGAAGAACUAUUAAUUCAUAAGCCAGAUGAUCCUAUUCAGUAUAUGAUAAACCAUUUAAAGCAAAACAACGAUGAUGCUCCCAGAAUUUGUGUGCUUGGUCCACCUGCCUCUGGGAAAACUACAGUUGCAAUGUGGCUUUGUAAACAUUUGGAUGCCAUACGUAUCUCUCAGGAGACUUUGUUAUUCAAGGAAAUAUUAACGCUGACAGAGGAAGCAAAGGCAUAUAAAGAAAGAAAACAGAAAAUUCCCAAUGCGCUUUGGGCCAAUCUGAUCCAGGAACGUCUGUCAAACGUGGACUGCAUCAAACAAGGAUGGAUUUUGGAAGGCUUCCCUGAAAAUCAGGAACAGGCAUGGAUGCUGCAGUCAUCUGGCAUCAUUCCUAGGCAUAUUGUUGUGCUUUAUGCUCCAGACACUGUGCUGAUUGAGAGGAACAGUGGGAAAAGGCUUGAUCCUUUCACAGAAGAGGUGUACCAUACGACCUUUGACUGGCCCAGUGAUCCGCAAGUACAGCAACGUUUGGUGAAACCAGAAGAUCUGUCUGAACAGGAGAUGUCAAAGAAACUGCUGGAAUAUCACAGAAACUUCCCUGGGAUUUUCCAGAUCUACCAAAAAGUUUUGAAAUUGAUCAAUGCAGACCAGCCUUCCGUGGAUGUCUUAUCACAGGUUCUUACCUAUGUCCAAACACGGCACCGAUCAGCCGCCCCCUUUACACCGCGGAUUCUCUUUUGUGGACCCCCAGGCAGUGGGAAGAGCCUGCAGGCAGCACUAAUAGCUCAGAAAUACGGUGUCAUCAACAUUUGCUGUGGGCAACUGCUAAAGGAAGCUGUUGCAGACAAGACAAAACUUGGAGAACUCGUUAAGCCUUAUAUUGACAACGGAUACCCAG